GUGCUGAGAUACGCCGCUGUCUGGGUUCCGAGUGCCUAGUGUCGCCUUCCGCCGCCAUGGACGGCACCGGGCGCUGACAAGCCUAUGGAGAGUCGAGGUGUGCCUCCCGGGCCGUAUCGGGCCACCAAGCUGUGGAAUGAAGUCACCACAUCUUUUCGAGCAGAAAUGCCUCUAAGAAAACACAGGCAACACUUUAAAAAAUAUGGCAAUUGUUUCACAGCAGGAGAAGCAGUGGAUUGGCUUUAUGACCUAUUAAGAAAUAAUAACAAUUUUGGUCCUGAAGUUACAAGGCAACAGACUAUCCAACUGUUGAGAAAAUUUCUUAAAAAUCAUGUAAUUGAAGAUAUCAAAGGCAGAUGGGGAUCAGAAAAUCUUGAUGACAACAAUCAGCUAUUUAGAUUUCCUGCAACUUCUCCGCUUAAAACUCUUCCACGAAGGCAUCCAGAAUUGAGAAAAAGCAGCAUAGAUAAUUUUUCCAGAGAUAAAGAUAGUAUUUUUAAAUUACGAAACUUAUCUCGUAGAACUCCUAAAAAGCAUGGAUUACAUUUCUCUCAGGAAAAUACAGAGAAAAUAAAGAACAAAACAAUCAGUGAAGAUCAAGAAAAUUCAGUUGAUAACAGAGAAAUAAGCCAGGAAGAUGUUGAAGAAGUUUGGAGAUAUAUUAUACUGACCUACCUGCAAACUAUUUUAGGUGUGCCAUCCCUAGAAGAAAUCAUAAAUCCAAAACAAGUAAUUCCUCAAUAUAUAAUGUACAACAUGGCCAAUACAAGUAAACAUGGAGUGGUUAUACUACAAGACAAAUCAGAUGAUCUUCCUCACUGGGUAUUAUCUGCCAUGAAGUGCCUAGCAAAUUGGCCAAGAAGUAAUGAUAUGAGUAAUCCAACUUAUGUUGGAUUUGAAAGAGAUGUAUUCAGAACAAUUGCAGAUUAUUUUCUAGAUCUCCCUGAGCCUCUACUUACUUUUGAAUAUUAUGAGUUAUUUGUGAACAUUUUGGUUGUUUGUGGCUACGUCACAGUUUCAGAUAGACCCAGUGGGAUAUAUAAAAUCCAAGAUGAUCCACAGUCUUCAAAAAUCCUUCACUUAAACAAUUUGAAUUCCUUCAAAUCAACUGAGUGUCUUCUUCUCAGUCUACUUCAUAAAGACAAAAACAAAGAAGAAUCAGAUUCUACUGAGAGACUGCAGUUAAGUGAUCAAGGAUUUCAAGAAAGAUGUGCUAAGAAAAUGCAGCUAGUUAAUUUAAGAAACAGAAGAGCCAGUGCUAAUGACAUAAUGGGAGGAAGUUGUCAUAACUUAAUAGGCUUAAGGAAUAUGCAUGUUCUGUCCUCUAACAUCAAACCAAGGUGCUAUUCUUUGGAAGGAAUUGUAGAUAUGCCAGGGAAUUCAAGUAAAGAGGCGUCCAGUGUCUUCUAUCAAUCUGUUCUGGACAUAAACGGACAAAAUAAUAAACAAUUUUUAGAGUCUAAGCCCAAACAGGAAUGUCUAUUGAAUCUUCAUUCAGAGGAAAGCACUCAAAAGCCACUCUGUGUUGGUUUUAAGAGAACCUCUACUUUGACUAUUGAAGACCAAGAGGAGUUAUGUAAUGGGAAAUUCAAGUCAAAACAGCUUUGUAGAUCUCAGAGUUUGCUUUUGAGAAGUAGUACAAGAAGGAGUAGUUAUAUCAAUAUGCCAGUGGCUGAAAUUACCAUGAAACCAAAUCUUGGACAAGGCAGCAUAAGUAUGCAAACAGCUAUGGAAAGUGAACUGGGAGAGUCUAGUACCACAAUCAAUAAAAGACUCUGCAAAAGUACAAUAGAACUUUCAGAAAAUUCUUUACCUCCAGCUUCUUCUAUGUUGACUGGCACACAAAGUUUGCUGCAACCUCAUUUAGAGAGGGUUGCCAUCAGUGCACUACAGUUAUGUUGUUUAUUACUUCCACCACCAAAUCGUAGAAAACUUCAACUUUUAAUGCGUAUGGUUUCUCGAAUGAGUCUGAAUGUCGAUAUGCCUAAACUUCAUGAUGCAAUGGGUACAAGAUCACUGGUGUUACAUACUUUUUCUCGGUGUGUGUUAUGCUGUGCUGAAGAAGUGGAUCUUGAUGAGCUUCUUGCUGCAAGAUUAGUUUCUUUCUUAAUGGAUCAUCAUCAGGAAAUUCUUCAAGUACCCUCUUACUUACAGACUGCAGUGGAGAAACAUCUUGACUACUUAAAAAAGGGUCAUAUUAAAAACCCUGGAGAUGGAGUAAUUGCUCCUUUGCCAACUUAUUCAUACUGUAAGCAGAUUAGUGCUCAGGAGUUUGAUGAACAAAGAGUUUCUACCUCUCAAGCUGCAAUUACAGAACUUUUAGAGAAUAUUAUUAAAAAUAAGAGUUUACCUCUAAAGGAGAAAAGAAAGAAACUAAAACAGUUUCAGAAGGAAUAUCCCUUGAUAUAUCAGAAAAAAUUUCCAACCAUGGAGAGUGAAACAGCACUUUUUGGUGACAGACCAACAAUCAAGCAACCAUUGCUGAUUUUAAGAAAACCAAAGUUUCGUAGUCUAAGAUACUAACUGAAUCAAAAAUUAUGUAAUACUUGUGGAACUUUGAUAAAUUAAGCCAUAUCUGGAGAAGCUAGCUACUAAAAAAGAAGUCUGUUAUUAAGAACGUCUUCCUAAAUAAACACAUUGUGUAAGAAGGUGCCAAAAUAGUUGUUUAUCAAUGUGAGACUGCUAAGAAACUACAGGAUCUCAACUGAGAACAUACAACAAUAGGUGAUCCCAAAUAUUUUAACCCAAAACAAUCUUUUGUUUUUAAUACAACUAUCUGGAAAAUCUAUCAAGAUAUGUACUAAAAUUUUAUCCACUUGCAUCUCAAAAACUGAGCUGUGUUUAUCAAAAUUAAGCUAUAAUUCUAUUUUUAAAAAACUUAUCUGCACCCAUGCUUAUGGAUAUCAGCUAAAGAACUAGUUAUCUAGGGUUACUUCUUUGCUUCUAAGUGUAAGAAUGUGAAGAAUAUUUGAAAGCUCAAUGAAUUAAUUCUCAACUGCUAAAUCACUCUUUUGUAUGUUCUUUUUCUACUUUUGAUCUAUUUAUAUAUAUGUAUGUGUUCUUAAAAUAUAUAUUUUAUAAGAUUUUGAUUGUGCCUGAAACAUUAUCCCAACUGCUUCAUUUAUUCAUUUUUUCGAUAAAUAUAUUUUGAAUUUUUAUUUUCUUAAUCUACUAAAAGAUGGAGAUAUAAAAGAAGUAUAAGGUAAUCAUGUAUUCAUUCAAAAGAUAUUUAUUUGGCAACUGCUAUGUGCAUUUCAUUGUUAUAGAUAUGUGGGGACAGUGUGAAUAAAACAGAAAAUCUCUUAAGGUAUUUAUUUUCUGAUCAAGGGAGAUACACCUGUAAGAUGCUUAAAAUAAGAAUAUAUCUACUGAAAUGUAGGCAUAGGGAACCCUUCAGCUGAAGACUGACCUCUAUGAUUAUGCAACAGUUCUCUCAGCUGGUGGAUUUCAGACUUGUGUGCAUUAGAAUCACCUGGAGAGUUUUAAAGCAAUCUAUAUGCCCAGGACCUACAUUAUACCGAUUAAAUCUGAAUUUUAGGGGUGUUAUAUAGGCAUUGGUAUUUUUUUAACCUCUAGGUGAUGUCAAUAUUCAUCGAGUUUUGAAAACCAGUGCCCUACAUGCUUUUUCUAAACAUUUAAGUAAAUGUCAAGAUGGUGGCACACUGACUUCUUUUUUUCCACUACAAGAAAAUGCCAAGUAUAAAUAUACCUCUCAUCUUAAUACAAGGCUCUCCAGAUUUCUGCUUGAUUGACUUGAUACAAACUUGAAGCAAGCUUUCCUCCUUUUUUUUUACUCCACGAUGGUUUAAUAUCUAUUCCUUAAGUGUAACGAAAUACAUAAUG